AUGACAUAUGAAUCGUCUGCAACAAUGAUUGUCGAUGAGAUAAAUCGAUUAUCCGUUGCUUAUGAUAAAGCAAAAGAAUAUAUAUCAAAAAUAGCAUCUUCUAUUGAACAACAAAUUGAUAUAUGGCAAUAUCGUCGUCAAAUAAUACUUGAUCAAUUAAUUCAAAUGAAACCAUCAUCUUCAUAUGAUUUUCUUCUACCUAAAACACAACGUAUUAAUGAAUUAACACUUGAAGCUGUUGAAGCAUUAUGUCGAGUUGAUCUAUUAAUUGAACAAAUUCUUCGUAUUGAUCCUAAAUCACAUAUUCUUUCAACAUCAACACAUCAAUUAGGAACAAAUAUGUCAUUAAAUCAUGUUCGUCAUGCAACACCUUCAUUAAUUAAACAACAAACAUUUGUUCCAAAUGGAAAAUUUAAUGAACAACCAACAUUACCUAUGCCUGUAAUAAGAUUACCACAACAAACAAUAUCUGAUCGUUUAUCAACAUUGAGUACUGAAGAAAAACCUGGUUUUAAACCAGUAAUACAUCAACCAUCACCAAAUAAUUUAGAAAGUACAGCACGACAAUCACCUAUCUAUCCACACAAUGCCAAUUCUUAUCCAGCAAACAAAGGACUUCAUAAUGCUCGUCCAACAUUACCAUCCUAUAAUACAGUUCCAGCACAAUCGAAUCAUGUUACUUCACCUUUCGUAACUCCUUCAACUAGUCAAAUGACCUUGAAUUAUAAAGAGCAUUAUGUACCUCGUGGUAAAGAAAAAAUUAAAUUACAACGUAUUCCAGCUGGUAUAAAAUGGAAACAAGCAAAAAUCGAUAUUAUUGAUUCAUUAUCAGGAUUUUAUGUUGAAAAUCUUGAUUCUAAAGUAUAUGAUAGAUUUAUUCAAAUGCAAAAUGAACUUCAUAAUUAUUAUAAUGAUUUAGAAAUAUCAAAUCAAUUAAUACCAUUAGAAAAUAUUGCUAUUGGCGAUUUUGGUGUUGCUAAAUAUAGUGAAGAUAAUCGUUGGUAUCGAGCACGUUUAAUAACAAGUGAAGGACAUGAUCAAAUAAAAAUUGUUUUUGUUGAUUUUGGAAAUAUUGAAAUUAAAUCUAUAAAUGAAUUUUUUCCAAUUCAUAAAUUAUUUACUGAUUUACCAGCACAAGCUAUUGGUUGUAGUUUAUCAGAAGCUUUUCCUCGUUCACAAAAUGAAAAUGAAACAAUAUGGCCAGAAGAAACAAUUCAAAUAUUUAAAACUGAAGUAAUCGACAAAGUAGUUGAAGUUCAUUUUGUUAAUCAAGAAGAAGGCACCGAACAAUGGCCUUUACAUUUUGUCCGAAUUAUUGUUGGUAAUCAGUCUGUAACAAAUUUACUUAAUCUUCAACAACGUAUUGAACCAAGACCAAAUCGUUUUAUUGCUGAACAAAUGGCACCUUGUCUUAGUGAACAGGAAUAUAUUCUUUUCAAUGUACCUAUUAGUGAAGAUGAUUUUGAACAAUAA